GAGUCACAAGUCCUUACUUGCUUUUGUAUUAUUUAUCGCUAAAGUACCUCUUCUCGAACCUCACCUCUUUUCUAACCCUUCAUUUGUGUACAUUUCAUACGCAUGCGCUCACACACACUUCGUUGCCGUUUUUUGUGUAUAAGUAAUUUGUUUACGCCGACUCGCACAUUGCAGCAAUUUGAUGAAAAUGCGUCAAAAACCUGUAGAAUAAAUUUAGCAUCAUAAACGAUGGCAUCCAAUCAAAUGAGCAAGAAAAGAGGACAAAAGCUUUCAUUAAAGAAAAAGGAAAACAAUUCCAAAGGCUCUGCAAUAGUUGUCCUUCCAAAUGUAGAUACCCUAAAUGAAUCAAGCGAAUUUAAGCUGCCAAAGAAAGGCACAGGACUUGUUCAAGCUACUCCCUUUCAGUUAGCUGUUGAAGAAGAUGUGGUUGAUGUGGAGGUGUCAUGCCAAGUGUGCAGUAAGGACCUCUCCCAUAUGAACUCUACACGGAGACUUCAGCAUGUUAACAGGUGUAUGGACCGUCAGGAGGAGGGAGAGAAGUGUGAGGAGAAGGGGAGGCAACUGCUGCAGGCGGCACGCAAUCUCGUGCUGGACUGUCCCAUAUGUGGCAAAGUCUGUAAUACAGAACUUAGUCGUAAGAACCACUUGAAGAAAUGCUGCGUAGACCAGGGUGUAUCCACCGACCGCAUGCUACAGCUGGUUAGGGACCAGGAACUAGAAAGGGAGACCUCCCUAGCUGCAGGGGUCAUACCGCCUGCCCUCAGGUCCAAGUUGCCUAAAGCACCUGCUGCAAAGAAAAGAAAACUCAAGGAGCCCAAGAGUCAGUUUGAGGAGGAUGUGCAGGUUGCCCUUGCCAUGUCAUCAUCGCUGGCAGGGCAUGCAGUCACAGAGGUAACUGACAGAGGACAUGUGGGCAGGAACAAGAAAGGGAAAACUAAAGAGGUGUUGUAUACGCUGCUGCUAACAACGGAAGAUGAACGACUUGCACGGAUACAACAGAGGGUGUCCAGUCUCCUCUCUCAACAGCCCUGCCUUGCUAGAUCUGCAGACAUGCUGCCCUCCUCUAGUCUGUGUGUACCUAGCCCAACCCCAGGGGCCAGUCUAUGGGGCCGUGGGGGUGGGGAGCUCCUGCCCCUAGAGCAGUAUUAUGUGGGAGCUCUCAUGCCUCCAGUAACUCUGGGGGCCUUGGCAACAGGGCCUAGAAUGCAACCUUUGACAACAGGGCCAGACAUUGUGCUGAGGGAAUCAGAGGUAUCGGUUGCACCAGGUGUUGAUGACAUCACAGCUUCCACCCAAACAGCUGUAGUACUGGCCGAGUUAGCUGGCGACUCCCAGGUAGGGUGUAACCUCUCAAGAUCACAACCACGAGGGGCUGUGAGUGGGUUUGAAAGAGCCCAGGGAUCUCAUGACCUGCCCCUGGCAGGUGACUGUAGCCAGAGGGACCUGGGCACCAGUGGGUUCUGUGUACAGAAGCUGGUACUUAAGUCUGAAGAUCAGGCGAGACUCAUUCAAGGGUUGUGCCAGGAGUUGUCAUCUCUCCUUAACAACCCAGAGUUCAGUGAUGUGAAGGUCCAGUCCACAGAGGGGGUGAUAUUUCAUGCACACAGGGCAGUCCUUGGUGUCAGGUGCAGAAAGCUGAUAGAGAAGGUUGAAGAAGGUGUGAUAAAGUUACCGGCCUCCUCAGCAACAGUGUCCAUGUUUCUGCGAUACCUCUAUACAGGGGAGCUCAAUUUGGCCCCUCAUAUCCGUGAGGAGUUCUGUACCCUGGCGGAUACUCUCCAAUUGAAGGAGCUCAAUGACGUCUGCAGUAGACUUUUCCUAGAGGAGGUGACUGUAGGUGGUGAUGCUGGUAAUGAUGAUAAUGAUGAUAAUUGUAACAAUGACAAUCAGGAAUUUGUUGAAUCUCAGAUUGACCUGAAGGCAAUCUGGGGUGAGUCAGACACAGAUGAUGAUGUUGAUGAGGUAAGGCAAGAAGAGGCAGGGGACUCUAGUGCCCAAAGUCGUCCUGAUUUGGAUUACGACCAAGAGGACUGUAGAGACGUAGCCUGUAGUCAGUGGAAACAUGCAGCCAGAAAGUCGCUGGAUGGAGGGAAUGAGGCUUUUGCUACUGGGUCAGAGGUGAGCUCGGAGCCUGAGGCAGCAGAUAUAGAGACUGGACGGCUCACUGAUGUCAGUUGUGGUGAAGGUGAUGUCAGUGAUAACAGUGAUGGAAGAAAGGGUGCUGGGGAUACAAGUGAUGAUGUAUGUGGGCAUGCCAGUGUUAGGGGUAAUUAUUUAGAUGGUCCUAUCAGAGAUGUUAGUGGAGGGGGUUAUUUUGGUGUUGUGAAAAGUGACAUUGUAGUGAAAUCUCAAAGGAACAAAAAAACAAACACUCAAGAGGAAGGUACCUUGUCAGAAAAGCGGGUCAUUGAUCAUACUGACAAUAUACCAUCUUCAAAACGAUUAAAACUGUUACAAAUUAACACCGCAGACACAUAUAAUGUGAUAGAUCUCUGCAUUGAGGAUGAUGCACCUGUAGAAACCUCGAGGAAUACCAGCACCUUGUGUGAACAGUCAAGCAUUGAUUUGUUUAACUCCCCAUCUCCACCAAGGAAACGCCUUUCAGUGAUCCCAAAAGGUUUUCUUACUCAGGACUCUUUGAACAAUUCAAAGAUGUCUCUAGUUAACUCGCCUGAGAGAAAUGCAAUUAAGUUUUCCACGCCAGUUGAGGCAUCAAAUCGCGUCCCCAAUUGGAAAGGCCGGUUUUCUUCAAUACCCCAUGCAUCAACGCCCACAUCAAACAAACAACUGCAUCUUGACACUAUGGAAAGCCAUGGACAGGAUACUACGAUAGACACAUUUGCAGGAAAUAAAAACAUGCUUGAUGAAGAUGAAGAAAAAUCUAUGAAAGGAAAAUAUUUCAAUGACGGCAGCAUAUGUGACUACAAAGAAUCAGACGAUGUAGUAGAAAUUGUUGGUGACAAUUUAGAUGAUGUGAGUUUUCAAGGUACUUCUGGUUUCAUAUCAUAUUCUCCAGCGAAACAAUCUGUUGACAGUACUGAGAAUUCACCCAGCCCCACUUUUACCAGACUUCCUCAUGGAAAGUCUGAUAGGGAAUCAGGACAGAACUCUGGCAAAAAAUAUUCACAAAAAUUACCAUCAACAAAAGAAUUAUCAUUUGGUAAGAAGUAUUCAGCACAAUUGAAACACAUGGAUACGACCAAUUCUGAGUCUGAUUCCAGUGAGGUUGUGGUUAUUGAUGCUGAAGGGGGUGAUGAAAGGGAGAUGGGUAGUUGCCAUGGAAACUUAGGGAAGAUUGAAGAUGAGGAUGUUCAUAUUGAUGAUGGAAAUGCUACAUUUACAAAUGAAGGGGUAUGGGACAACUUUGAUGACCCAGGUGUCUGCUAUGAACCCCCUGUGCAGAGUCCUGUUGAUGACUAUGAUGUGGGGUAUGACCCCCCUGUGCAGAGUGAACUUGAUCAGGACGCAGAUUUGCCUAAGGAUGGUAAUGAAAUAUCUGAAGAGGGUCAAGAUAUGGGUGACAGUAAUGAGCCUGUGGAUGAUGAAAACAUGGCAGGAGUACAGUUCUCAGAUGAUGACAGCUUCAUGCUUCAAGUGGAUGAAGUCCCUGCCAUGGUCAAGGCACCUACAAACAUGAAGCUACCCGUGGCAGCUAAUGUGAAGCCUGUCUCCACUUUUACCACCCCCUCUGUGAGGAAGAAGUGCAGCACAGUGGGAAAGAAGUGGGAACCACCCUCCCCCUUCACUCCCAUGCCUGAUUACCCACAGAUGCCCACACCUGCACUGAAGAAAGAGAUUCAGAAAUUUGGUGUAAAACCUGUGGGCAAGAAGAGAAUGAUCAAAGUGCUGGUGGACAUCUACAAACAGACGCACCAAUAUGAGACAGACAGCGAGGUGGAAGACGAGGCUGGAAGUGAGGACUCACAUGGUCAUGUGACCUCCGAGGGGGACAGCGCCACUUGCAGGGAGGAUUCAGACAUUACCCCCAGUCAAGACAGCCAAUCAGGCGACUCAGAGUAUGACGUACUUGAGGAGAGUUGCCUGCACUUUGAUGACAGUGACUCACGGAGCUCCCCUACGAAGAGUGCCGAUCUGCCAAGAAAGUUGACUGAGUUCAUUGAACAGAAUGCCACCCUGCACACAAGGGUACUGAUGUAUGAGCCCCUAGAGCUAGACAUACUGAAGGCUGAAGUGAAGGCUGCUGGCAUCAAAUGCUCCAUGGACAAGCUCAUGGACUUCCUGGAUGAACGGUGUAUUGCCUUCACAAGCAAGAAUUCCCGUAAGAAAGCACCACAGCGAGGUGGCCGCGGGCGUAAACCAGUCAAGAGGUCAGAAAAGGCGUCUGGUGUGUAGUGCAUGAACCAGUCAAGAAGCCAGACAAGUCAUCUGGUGUGUAGUGCAUGAACCAGUCAAGAAGUUGUCUGUUGUGUAGGGCAUGAACCAGUCAAGAAGACAGACAUGUUUUCUGAUGUGUAUGGGGGUUAACCAGUCAAGAAGUCAGACAAGUUGUCUGUUGUAUAGGGCAUGAACCAGUCAAGAAGACAGACAUGUUUUCUGUUGUGUAGGGGGUAACUAGUCAAGAAGACGGACAAGGCGCCUGGUGUGUAGGGAAUGAACCAGUCAAGAAGUCAGACAAGUUGUCUGUUGUGUAGGGCAUAAACCAGUCAAGACGACAGACCAGUUUUCUGGUGUGUAGGGAGGUAAACCAGUCAAGAAGACAGACAAUGCGUCUGGUGUGGAGGACUAGACACCAUCACAAGCAUUGAGGUUGAUGGCAAUAAAAAAAGUGGGAAGCUGUUUAUCUGCAUGCCUGUUCAUUGUCAGAUCAUGUAAUUUCACUUCCAAACAUUGCAAUUUUUCUUCAAAUGUUCAUAUUUUGGAUAAGAAAACACCAGCUGCUAAGGGAAACUACAUCAGGUUUCAUGGAAGCCAGAACUUGUCUGUCAAUGUGGCUUUAUAUACACCAAGCAAUAGUUUGGACACCGCAAAGUGCAGUAUCUUUUGAUUAGCAUUUAAUUUAACAAUCAAACAAUUGUUAAAGAAAAUGUAUUACUGCACGACUUAAAUGUAGCUGUGACAUACCAAUCAGAACUGCAUAUGAAUUUUGAAAAUGCAUCACUGUCCAGGGCCCUCAAUCUAUCA